AUGACGAGCGACGCUGGUUCUGCUCGCAUCCCAUCUCCUACUCCAGCCUUUUGCAAUGCUUCCUCUACCAAACACCCUCUACCCGACACACCGCUCAUGUCGCGCUAUGCGGAAUCUCCUCAGAUGACUGUGGGUAACAAGGGAGAUGAAGCAUCGCCAGGUUCGACAUUGCUUGAAUUGGCCUCCAACAAGCCAGCUGUUCUGCCUUACGGCCCUGAUCUGCCAGCCCCUCAAACCCUCCAUGGAAAGCCUAGCCUCGCGGAGGCUGUGGGACCUAUGGCUACAGAAGCAGCAGGUGGUGUUGCCCGCACAGAAAAGUCCGCGAGGGCGUCGCGCCCUAUUCACAUCGACAGCUCCAGCUCGCAACGCGAAACCUCUGCCCGACGAGCACCCGAUGAUCAACCGCCCACCGAACAGAGUUCUGUAACAACUCGAAGACAAGGACAUGGCACGAUUGGAUCUGUCUACGCCGGCAAUAAGAUUAGACAUUUAAAAAAGGAUGACGGCAUUCCACUCUGGCGAAAGGACAUCCAGUAUGAUUUUCUCAAAUGUGUGUUUGAAGACAAGACGACCUGCUUUACUCGCUUUCCCGAGGGCGACAAGGGUUUUACGUUCGCUGAUCUCUAUCUUGAUACUAUGGCAAAAAGUAGCAAGACAAGCAAGAUCUUGAAGGAGAAGCUACAACACGAUAAGCCUGCCGCCACCAAUAUGGCUAUGGUCUGUCUUUUGGUGAACUUUGGGAGAAUGAACACAACCUUGAAUUUCUUCCCAGAGAUGCGUGCCCAAUUACGAACUUACCACUCUAUUCCAUCACUUCAAGCUCGGCAGGAUUCCAGCGCCUACAAGCAGUUGCAAGACGCUCCGCGUCUAAAAUCGAUUUUAAAGGGCGCGUCUGAGGACGUCGAACAGCCAGGGACAAUUGAGCAGAUAAAAUGCCUUCCGAUCCCUCGAACUAAUCCCGUGAAUCUAAUUUUUGUCCUAUCUCAAUUUGCCCCAAGAGUAUCGGAACUGCACUUUUGCCCCCCUGGCGACUUCUUCGAUCUGGUGAUGCGCCCUACGCUGAGCAGUAAGAGUCGUGCCAAUGCGUUCUUAUGGCUGAUGUGGUACUAUUUGGAGAGCGACUUUUCCGGACCGCUCACAUCGGAGAACCCAUUUGGUGCUGGUAUUGUAGGGGAGGGUAGUGAAGGCCUUCCUUUAAAAGUCCCGGAUAUGGAACAGCUUACCGACCUCGAAGCUGAGGCCGAGAAUAUCGAUACCCUUGAAGAAAUUCGAUAUGGCGAAGAAAAGCAGCGGGAGCGAAAGAGGAUUUUGGAGGAUGAUGAUAUUGUUCUUCGGCACCCGAGGCGCCAGAAGAGAGAAGAUAUAAGUGACGACCUAGCGUCUGAAGAUACGGGUCAGUUUGGCCAUACCAAGAGGGAUAAAGGUAUUUCAGGUAGUCGCGGUGGCCAUAGUGCCACUACCAUCACUCCUUUGAAUACCACAAAACGACCCCUUGAAGAUGAUGAUAUAGGCGGUAGCCAAACGCCUAGUCACCCCUCACGGUCCCGGCCCAAGCGACCUAAGAGGGAGUCGUCGAUAAACCGACCUCCAAAUUCGCAACCCCAACGCCUGGUUCUGAAGACGAGAAUGGAGCAAACACCAGACAUCGCCUCUCCUGCGCCUCCAGGUGCCGCCCACCCGAUUUUGCAACAGUAUAGUUCCGGCAAUACCCCAGCUGGGCAACACUCCACCCCUCGUCGUCCACGGCCGAUGACACAACACCAGCUAGCACUUGAACAGAACCGGAGGCAACGCAUUGACUAUGUUCUUGCCCAGCGGCGGACGAGUGUGUGGAACUCCCUACGGACGCGCCGGGAGAACGAAAUAUCGUUUGCCCGCGCGGGACGGCUGCUUCAAAACCUCCCAGCUGGAUACGACACAGAUGAUGAGAGUUCUUGGGGGAAAGGCGGUAUUUGUCCUAACCCUGAGGAGGAAGAGGACUUUGGGGAAGCAGCUAGUUUCUACCUGUCGGUUAUUAGAAAAGCCGCGCGAAGGCUUCAACGAUGGGACUGGGAGUCGGUUCUGUCCGACGAAAAGGACUAUCCAACAAAUGGGCUGGGGAUGGAGUACAAUUGCCCUUCCAUGCUAGAAGGACAAGAUGUCGAGGCAAUUGGCCAGUCUACAACCAUUGCCCAAAAGCCUAAAAACAGGUGGACCGCCAGAAGAGACAGAAAGACUAUUGAUGGCAUGGGGGAUGGGUCUAAACAAGGUGCUCCAACUAGGAAAACGGGCGGUCGACUUAGCUCGUCUGGCCAAAAAAAAUCAAGCGGCGAGAAGGCCAUUCCGAAAAGGGGCCGAGCUCGCGCCCGCCCAUCAACUAAGGCUGCACCCUUGGGAACGCCUGGUGUAGGUGAAACAGCCCAUGUGUCGGCUAUUGCCAGCAAAGCUGACAAAGAUACGGAUGGCGAGAUUGCGAAGCGCGUUCAUGAUAUCGACCAAGAACCUGGUGGGGAGCUAAGUCCUCGUACACGGAGCCGCAUGGACGAUGGAAGCAGCAUCGGUUUUGGGCCCGAAUUCGGGCAUGUCGGUGAUGAGGAUGAUGAUGAUGAUGGCGAUGAUGAUGAUGAUGAUGAUGAAACUGAAGAAAUUUCCGAUAUCGAUAUGGAUAUGUCCAAGGUUGCUGGCGACGAAGACUCCGAGGGCCGUGGCUUUGCCUUAGAGCGCGAUGUUAAUGCUAGCCAUCUGGGUGACGAAGAGAGUAUGAUGGAGACUUAA